CAAUACUCUAUUUCAUCUCUUCUUGUUUGCUUAUUGGUGUCUCUUCUUGGAAGGGGAGAGCUUCGCUUGUUGCAUCGCAUCGCAUCGCCUCGCCUCGCUUCGCAUAAUUUAGAGUGCAGCCCUGGAGAUUACCUGGCCAUACUAGCCCACCAAGCCUGCUGCCCGUGAGCCCCAAUCUCGCCCAGCCGACUUGGGAUUCACCUUUGCCUCAACACCAACAACACUGACUUCACGACUUCAAAUCCGAUCCUUCAAUUCAACACCAAUGCCACCAACGAUAUAGGAUUCCAAUGCCUCAAAGGAAUUUGGCGCUGUGAUUUCUUCCCCCCUUUGACGACUUCAAUCUCUCCAGGUCCUGUCAAAGAGACAGAGACAAACUUCAAGAUGCUUCGUCCAGCCACUCCUUUGACCAUUCUUCUGCUCAUCAGCUUCCUACUACUGCUGGUAUCAGUUCUGUCCACGCCAAUCAUCAAACAAAUAUCGCUCGCAUCAUUUGAGGGUGUGGAUUUUGGGGUCUUUGGUCUAUGCAAGGGAACCGAUUGUAGUCACAUUGAGAUCGGAUACAGCACGGGUAUGGAAAGAGGAUGCCAUCGCAACCGCGACCAGAACCAGGAAAUCAUGCUGACAAUUCUGCAAUAGAUGGAUUAUUUACUGACUCCCAGACGGCGACCUUCGAUCUACCGAGUAGCACGAGAACGACGUUAUCGGCCAUUCUAAUUGUCCAUCCCAUUGCCGCUCUCUUUACCCUGGUGAUGCUUGUUCUCGCCGGCUCCGCGCACUUCCACGCCCCAUCGCACUCCCCUCGUUACCUUCUCGGUAUUUUCAUACUGAGCAUUCUCACUUUGAUUCUCGCCCUCCUCUCCUUCUUAAUCGAUGUACUACUCUUCGUGCCACAUAUGGCCUGGGGCUCGUAUAUCGUGCUGGCAGCAACGGUCCUCAUUGCAUGCAGUGGAAUUGUCUCAUGCGCCAUGCGACGGACCUUGGUUAGUCGCAAAGCUCGAAAACGUCGUAUUGCGGAGAAUGCAGAGAUGAAUGGUGCCAACUUUUACAAUCGCGAAGGACGACCGAAUCCAGCAUUCCCAGCGGCAACAGAUGCAUCCAAGGUGAGCGGAGCACCCGGAACCGAUAAGCUUCCAGAAUUUGCGACAUUUGAAAUGUCAAAACAGGAUACCAAUCGAACAAGUGACGAGCGAAUACCACUAACUACAAAAUCUCCAACCACCGGAACUUCGCCAUCAAACUUACCGGGUACUGCAUACCGAGGACCCCCCUCGCGAGGCAAUGGAAGCCCCCCUAGACCACCAAGAGAGCUAGAUCAAUAUGGAAAUCCCCUGCCACUUAUGCAACCGGGUGCCUUUGGAGCUUUUGGAGCGUCACCUAAUCCUCCUCUUCAACAUCAAGCCUCAGAUCCAUCUAUGCGAGGAAGAGGGAUGCCUCCAGGAGGGUUCAGAGGCCGAGGGGGAUAUCCACCAGGGAGAGGGGGGUAUGGUCCUCCAAGAGGGGGUUAUGGUGGUCCUCCAAGGGGAGGCUAUAUGGGCAACCAAGGAUAUGGGCAACCAAGGGGAGGAGGGUUUUCAGGCCCACCUAGAGGAAGAGGAGGCGGGCCUCCACCUGGUUAUGGAGUUCCGCAGAAUCGAGGCUAUGACAACAGAGGACAAUCUCCAGGAGGUUAUCGAGGUCCAUCUCCUGCUCUAACGCCUGGGUACAAUCAAAACGCAUACGCGGUACCACCGCUACCUUCAACUAGUACGUAUGCAGCUUACAAUCCAGACACAGACGACAGCCGAUCUAGUCUUCCGCGUGCAGAAUCACCCCCACCAUUGCCAGGCUCCAGUGAAGGGCCAGUGGGACAAGCCAUAGAAAUGGAUGCUACAACAGGCAGUCCUUCUCACCCCCCCAAAGGCCAUGGCCAAUUUCCGUUGAAGGAUGAUGAUGGUGAUGUUGCGGGCAUGGUAGGACUUCAGCAACAGAAAAUGCAGAGGGAGACGCUGCAAAGUGGGCCGAGUAGAUACAGCACAGAAGAGUAAGCCACUAACAGAAAUGACCUGUAUGUACAUGAGCUAACGUUCUUAGCUAUGUUCCACCACGAUCAGCAUGGGGAGCAGGGCAAGUUGACGCUGGUAGAUCGUCCCCAGCUUCGAGACCCGUUGAGCCAGCACGCCAAAAUACACCACCUAGAAGACGAGAAAGUUCUGAUAACUAUUAUGAAGAUGUAGCCCCUCGGUUUGCGGAGCCACCAGUCCCAUCUGGUCCAGGCAUAGCACAAGAUCAUCCAAACAACAAUCCAAGCGGUAACUUACGAGUGCAGCCUCCAGGGCUCGGUAUGGAUGGCAGUUAUUCAUAUGAAGAUGUAGCAUCUGGUGCUCGAAGUCCAGCAGAGUCUGAACACUCAACAUUCACCUCAAUCUCCCAAAGAGGCAUAAAUCCCAGAUGGAAUCCUGGCCCCAGCUAUGGAGGUCCAAUGCCAAACAGAGGUCCACCGCCCCAGCAGCAAAGAGAGGAUCUGCUCUUAAACUCAAACCCAGACUUCAUGCUACCUGGCUCAAGAGGAGGGGGUGCGAGAGGUCGCGGUAGAGGUGGUAGGGGAGGGCAAGGGCGACCUCCUGGUCAAAUCCCAGGAAUGGUCCCCAAAUCUGCCUAUCCCGGCAAUUAACAUACCCUAGCCAUACUGGAGAAUUUCUCAACAUUCAAUCAGCAACUCCUUUCAUGACACAUACGCGAUUUUGAAAAGUAUCCGAUUGUACAUAUGGAAGGAAUCCGAACUUAUUUUUCGCGGUGUCCAUUUUUUUCCCUUUCUGUUGUCGAUAUAGACUUGCGGUGAAUGGCAAGCUUUUCGCCAGGCGUUCUGCGGGUUACCUUCGACCGAAUCCAGUGUUGGUCUUGACAGCCUCUGUAUGAUACAUGCUUCAAAUGUGGAAGCAUGUUUGCGUUGUUUGACAUGGCCAUGAUUUGUACAUAUUGUGGGGUGCCAUGAACAUAUUCACCGGCGAGGUACAAUUUUUUUCUUUUGCAGUCAUGUUUUUUAAGUUUGCGCAGCGGGUCUUGCUUACUUUCCCAACGAUUGGGAACCACCUUACAAAAUAUUAGGAUGGAAGG